AUGGACGACUGGAUUGAUUCAUUGGGGGACGCGGCUGUGUUCACUACGCUGGACUGUAACUCGGGAUAUUGGCAGAUUCCGGUCGCGCCGGAGGACCGCGACAAGACUACCUUUACAACGCAUAUAGGGACCUUCCGACAUAUACGAAUGCCCUUCGGGCUACGCCGAGCUCCAGAUACAUUUUAA